UUGGUCGCCGACGUACGAGUUCGAUUCGCCCCCAGUCCCACGGGGCAACCCCACAUCGGCAACAUCCGCACCGCCCUCUUCAAUUGGCUCUUUGCCCGUCACCACGGCGGAAAGUUCAUUGUCCGCAUUGAGGACACCGAUCAGACCCGUUUCGUUGACGGUGCCGUCGAAGCCGUUCUCGACGGACUGCGCUGGUUGGAUAUCGACUGGGACGAGGGCCCGGAAGUACAAGGGCCCCACGCCCCUUACGAGCAGUCCAACCGGUUGGAGAUUUACCAGCGUCUGUCUGAGCAACUGCUGGACCAAGGAAACGCCUACCACUGCUACUGCAGCCGCGAGGGACUGGAACAGCUACGGCGCACUAACCGCGAGUCCGGGUCAUACUCCGGCGAUGGUUGCAGCAUCCGGCCACCAAUCUGGCCUGGCAUACCUUACAUUUUUUUCGGAAGACCAAGAAUGACGCAAGCGGCUGAGUCUGAUCCCACCACCGGCCAUGAUUUCAUCCGAACCAUAGUCGCCGAAGACAACCGCACCGGCAAAUUCGGCGGACAUGUUGUUACCCGCUUUCCUCCUGAACCAAACGGCUAUCUGCACAUCGGCCAUGCCAAGUCCGCCUGCCUCAACUUCGGCCUCGCUGCCGAAAACGGCGGGCACUGCAACAUGCGCUUCGAUGACACCAAUCCAACCCGCGAGGACGUGGAGUACGUCAACUCCAUCCUCCGGGACAUUCGAUGGCUGGGCUGGGACUGGGGAGAUAAUCUGUACUAUGCUUCGGACUAUUUCCUGCAGCUGUACGAGAUGGCCGUUGACCUCAUCCGGAAGGGCAAGGCUUAUGUGGACGACCUGUCCUUCGACGAGAUUCGCGAGUACCGCGGUACGCUGACAGAGCCGGGACGCAAAAGCCCCUACCGCGACCGCACCGUGGGAGAGAACCUCGACCUGUUCCAGCGAAUGCGCGACGGGGAAUUUGAUGAGGGCAGCCGGGUGCUGCGGGCCAGGAUUGACAUGACCUCACCCAACCUCAACCUUCGCGACCCGGUGCUUUAUCGCAUCUUGAAGGCAUCGCACCACAGGACGGGCGACGACUGGGUCAUUUACCCAAUGUACGACUUCGCCCACGGGCAGUCUGAUUCCAUCGAGGGCGUGACCCACUCAAUAUGUACGCUGGAAUUCGAGGGGCACCGUGCCCUUUAUGACUGGUGCCUGGACGAGUUGGACAUCUAUCACCCGCAGCAGAUCGAGUUCGCCCGCCUGAACCUCACCUAUACCGUGCUCAGCAAGCGCCGCCUGAUCCAGCUGGUGGAAGGCGGUUACGUCAACGGGUGGGACGAUCCGCGAAUGCCCACCCUCUCCGGCCUGCGAAGGCGUGGCUACACCUCUGAGGCCAUCCGCGACUUCUGCGAGCGCAUCGGUGUGGCCAAACGCGACACUUGGACAGACAUAGCACUUCUGGAACAUUCGAUCAGAGAAGACCUGAACCGCCGUGCCCCACGAGUAAUGGCCGUCCUGGACCCCGUGAAGCUGGUCAUUGAGAACUAUCCAGACGGACAGGUCGAAUUCGUCGAGUCGGAGAUCAACCCGGAGGAUGCCAGCGCUGGCAACCGCAAGCUGCCCUUCACCAGAACCCUGUACAUCGAGCGGGACGACUUCGCCGAGGACCCGCCGCGCGGGUUCUACCGCCUCUCGCCAGGACGGGAAGUCCGGCUGAAGGAUGCCUUCUACGUUACCUGCACCGGCGUCGUGAAGGACGAGUCCACUGGAGAGAUUGUGGAAAUCCGGUGCACCUACGACCCGGAGACCCGCGGCGGAACUUCCUCCGACGGCCGGAGGGUUCGUGGCACGUCCCACUGGGUGUCAACGGAGCACGCCCUAGACGCCGAAGUGCGAAUCUACGAUCAUCUCUUCCUUCAGGAGGACCCCGGCGACUUGCCGGAAGGCGGCGAGUUCACCGACAACCUCAACCCAGGCUCGCUGCGGGCCAUCACGGCCAAGGUCGAGCCAUUGCUGGCCGAGGCAAGGCCAGGCGAGCGUUUCCAAUUCCUCCGAACGGGCUACUUCUGCGCCGACCUGGAUUCCACUCCUGCGGCACUGGUCUUCAACCGCACCGUGGCCCUUCGCGACUCCUGGGCCCGGCGGCGUCAGGGAUAG